AUGCUAGGACUUCAGUUCUUUAAAUAUUUUAGAGGGAUUUGUCGGCUUCAAAUAGUGCUUGUAGCUGAAAACAUCAAUGUGCGAACUGCACGAAGUCCCUCGCUGAAUUUGACCAAAGCUCGUCAAAACAGUUGCUGCUACUUCUCUGUGUUACCUCAAGGUCUGGUAAACUUAAAUGAAAUGCAGCGGGUCACUUGGACUGAUUAUGCUGUCGAGCUCGAAACGAACAACAUGGAACAUGGCAACGACCACCUGCUGUCACCUGCACAUGAUGCAUCAACUGAUCCAGUUGCUGCAGAGGAGAGUCACUUGCAUUGUAAUGUGAAGGAUAUCAUUGCCCCUGGUGAGAAAUAUAUAGCCUACCAUCUGUGAUGCUUGUUUUCACUACAUGUAUAAUCACUGAAAUAGAAAACUCACAAAUUAUGAUUAGAGAAUUGUGUGAAAGUACUAUUCUCAUUGUCUGACAUCAAAGGGAAAGUGCAUCCCACAGUAAUGUAUUGGAUGACAUGCUGCACAAACAGAUAGAACCCCCUUUGUUUCCAUCCAAGUACAGUAUGUUGUUAUUAUGUACUGUCUUAGUGGUGGCCAGUGUCAUGGCCUAAUAUCAGAAUUAUAGUAUCUUCACUCUCACAGUGCAUCACAAGAUGUCUGACCUUCUAGCAUACUGUUUACAUGCUUGUUGUUGUCAAAGGGUAAUUCCAUGGUAACAGAAUUACACUCAGACUCAGAUUUUUCACUUUAAAAUGUAUACCAAACAAAAACCAUUGAUUUCAAUGUUUAACAAACCAUAGAAAUCUGUGCACAAUGACCAUAUAACUCUAUGCACAAUCACUAUUACACAGUAAAUAAAAAAUGUUUUACUGGAAAAAAUGUUUGGUAACAGACUUAGGGUAAAAUCUCCCUCAGUUUUCUUCUGGUACCAAACUUUGUAUCUGCAUUGUUCUUCCUGUAAAUGUGUUUUUGUAAAAAUUUCUGUGGAAAUUGUACAAAAUUGAACUUGUGCAUAGAGUUAUAUGGUUAGUUAUAACUUUGAAAUCAAUGGUUUUUGUUUGGUUUACAUUUUUUAAGUGAAAGGUCUGUGUCUCAGCGUAAUUUCAUUACCUUGGAAUUGCCCCAAAGCAGAACAGUGGAUGGGGUGGAGUCACACACACAAUCCGUGCAGUCAGACCAUAAAUUGUAGAAUGAUCCAUUUUUGCUGUUACUCAACUACUUCCAAGGAAUAGCUUAUAUUCACUAGCUACAAACAUUCAUUACAUUCACACAGCAUCCAGAUACUUGGAGAGCCUUUUUCUUGAAAAGUAUGUCUGAGGUAUUUGAAGGAUCCAGCUUAGCCUUUCACAUGCUGUCAUCAUCUCCCCCUUGUUCCUCAGAACAUGAUAUAGUGAAGAGGAUCAAGAAGAAACCCAAAAAGCCACGUGGAAGGAAACACAAGUCUAAGUCAUCAGAAUGUUCUGACAAUUUUAUGUCAGAACUUCCAUUCACAAGUACAGCAAUAUGGAAGGACCUUGGCUGUAAGUAAACCGUUUAUGCCAUAUUAUUUGUUUUGCAGUUGAAUCCAGGCUAACUCAAAUCAACAUGUCCAGACUAAAAUAACAUAGUUAGUUGUAACAUACCUUCAUUGAGAGGAUGUGUUCAAUAGUUCCCAUAGUGUGACCAGUUGAUGGUAUUUUCCAUUUUAACUGGCCGGGCGAGUAGGAGAGCAGUAAUUUGACUAGCGGCACCAACUCUGUAAGUCAAUAAUGACUGGUUAUUUGUAGUUGCCAGUUGAUGCAAGGAUCUUCCUUGUACCGCAGCUGCCCUUGCAUUCAAAUUUCCUCCAGCUGCCUACUGGCGAUGAAUAAUGCAUUGUUGACUUGACUGGCAGUUGGUUUUACAGGAGGGCAGUCAAAUCCAACUACAGAAUAAUGGAAUCACACAUUUGCCUCUUGUACAACACUAAUAUCGUUGUGUUACAUUUCCCCCAGUCACCAAGCCAGAGGCCAAAUUGAAAAUUAAACGAAAGAGAGGUGCAAGUGGUCGGGUAGAAAGUGAGGAGGAUGCAGAUACAAAGAAAAAGAAGGAAACACAACGCCCAAACUACUUUGUUUCAAUACCCAUCACAAAUCCCAAGGUACAAUUUAGUGAUAUAUUUUUAUUGAGAAAUGCAUUUUUAUUCUAUUUUAUUUGGGGAUAUUUCUCUAUAUAGUGUCUCCAUAUAUCACUAUAUUUAGAAUACAUACUGCAUGUGAUCACAAAACAACUGCUACUUACUAUUGCCCCCUAUCUUUGAUAAACACAGAUAUUAAACUGUUUUCUAAAAUGUUGUUGUGCCGUCUCGACACUGACCGAAGCGCGUUUGUUAAAAAGCGUUUAUCCUUGUAUAACCUCCGUCGACUAUUACAUAUCUUAGAUGCUAAAUUCAGCUUCAUCUCAAGCUAUAAAAUGUAUCUAACCGAAUCAGCCCUAUUGCCUCUCAAGACCCCGAUGGAGGACUCCAUCCCUACUUACGGAAUCCCAAUCGUUUCCCAUUUUAAAUAUUUGGGAGUAGAUAUAUUUCCUUCCUUGGAUAAAACCAUUGUCAGAAACUAUAACAGAACGCUCAAAUCAAUUUAAUCCGACCUCAGUAUAUGGAAUAAUAUCCCAGUUACUUUAACCGGCAGAAUAUCUCUGUCAAAAUGAAUAUAUUGCCUCGGCUGAAUUUCUGUAGUUCAAUGCGUCGCAUGGCUUCCCCUUCUGGCUAUUGGGAUUAAAUUCUUAGUGUGGUUUCAAAAUGUAUAUGUCAAGGUAGACGAUCCCGGAUAAACUUAACACAUUGACAAAGGGGGGAAAGAUGUAGGAGGACUAUUCUUACCAAACUUUAAAUUAUAUUUCCAGGCACUAGCAUUUCGCCCCAUCCUAAAUUGAUUUAAACAUGAUUCUUCUGCCCCCUGGCUGAGUAUAGAGAGGAAAUAUGGUGUCUCCUAUUACCCUGGAAGAGGUGGCGUUUACUGAUACUGUGUAUCCCUUAAACAAUGUAAACUACGCUUUGGUCCUAUUAUUGCUUACACAAUUUAUAUUUGUUCGUAAUGUAAAAAAACGAUGUAACUGGGAAUCAAAACAGCAUGCCCAUACUCCAAUAUUUCACGAUCUGGAGAGCGGCCUUUUGCAUCCCCCCCAUGGUCCAAAUGUGGAAUCCUUACCGAUGUCAUGGACAGUAAUGGUUUGACAACAUUCCAAGAUUUGAAAGAUACAUACACAUUACCAGGCAACUCCUUUUUUCUAUAUUUCCAAUUUAGGUCAGCUAUGCUGGAAACCCAACUACCGAACCAUCCAAUGAUUAGAUUUAUAUAUAAAUUAUCUGGGCUCCCGAAAGGACUGAUCUCUAUAAUAUAUAAACAACUUUUGGAAAUCAGGUAGGCACAUUCCUUCAUAUGAUGUAGGAGUGCCCUGCAGUUAAAUGCUCUCUGGUUAUUAUAUUUAAAUGCUGGAACUGAAUGGCAAGAGGAUGAAUGGCGUGUUCUACUUGUGCAGAUCAGUGAAGGUGUGGGGGUGGUGCAGGCGCUGGUGAUGCAGAGAGACUCCAGACUCACGCGGGCUCUGGUGCCUGUGGGCAGUCUCCACAUCACGCUGCUGGUGACCCACUUGGCCAGUCAAGAGGAAGUCAACUUGUGAGUGUCUGCAGCUGAUCUCAACUAUUUCAACCAGAUAGCCACCCUGUUUAUAGGGAUAGUAGUAGAAUAAUUCUAAUGUCUGUUUCUAUGUCCUACACAUUUUAUUAACAAAACUGAUAAAACGACACCUUUUGGAACGAUGCAGACUGUGAGGAGACACACACACACACACACUCUACACACACGUAUGUAUGGUGGUAUUAUAAAUGUUGUAUUUUAGAUAUGUAGUGGUGUAAUAAUGUUAUAUGGAAUUUUUAAUUUUUGCCCUUAAUUUGUUUGGACCCCAGGAAGAGCUAAUGGGGAUCCUUAAUAAAUGAAACAAUUUGUAACGACAAUAUUGAUUAAACUAUAAUUUGUCAAUAGGUUAAAAUAAAUAAAAUCUGAAAACAUACAGUAAACAACAACGUCCUCUUUUUUUAACCUCUAAAACCACUGAAUAUAUAUAGGCCUAGUAUCUCCCUAUGAUAAACAAAUGGUUACAGAUCUGACUGUGUACACAUCCCUGGCAAUUUAUCUUUGCAUCACUAAAUACUGCAGGGAUGAAUGACGUAUUAGCCUGAAUGGCUAGUGUGUGAGCAUGGUGUGGUGGGAAGAGAAAGAGGAUGGAGAGAGGAUGUAGAGGGGAUUAAUGACAUGGGAUUGAUCUGGCUGUUGUGCUGUGCUGACUGCAGGGCGGCGUGUGCAGUGGCCCAGAUGAAGGCAGAGCUGCAGGACCUGCUGCGGGGGCGGGAGCUCAUCCUGCCCUUCCACGGCAUCGGACACUUCAGGAAUGAGGUGGCGUUCGUAGAGCUGGCCCAGGGAGAACACCUCGCCACGCUGGCCCAGAUCACAGGUGGGUGCUAAUGCUAGUCGGCUACUGUUCCCCCACCCACUCUCCUUUUUUUUUUCCAUCCUCCUGCUUCUCUCUCGUGUGCGUAAUCUUUGACGUCACUUACCGUGCCUUGCUAGCUAUAUGUUAGUCGUAUAUGGAUUUGAGCUGGGCUGGGCUGCCAAUUCAGGAUACAUCUGUUAUGUAUGAGGAUUUCCAAGGGUCAGCCCUCAGCACAGUUUUGUUUACCCAUUUGAAAUGCUUUCUGUUCAUAAAAUAAUAUUUAAUGUUUAGCUUUUUUCUCUCUUUAGCAAAAUCUGAUAUAUUGGUAUUAUUUGUUAACUUUUCACGUAUUACUUACUGUUUCCAAUUAAACUGUGUUUUUUAGAUGGAGAAAGCUUCCCUAAAUACAGACACUAAUGAAUUAUGUUAUCAGCAGCUGUCCUGCCCAUUCCUGUACUUCCACUAACCGCUAUACCCCCGCCCUCUUCUUUUCUCUCCUCUCCUCCUAUUGAUUAUCUCUUUAUUUUACACCAUCCUGGGCUAAAGUUGCUCUCUCCCUCGCGGUCCUGCAUUGCAAAUAGAUCUGCUGUUGUUUUUCCCAUCACCCUCUCUCUCUCCCCGUCUCUGGUCAUUCGCUCCAGGGGUUGUGAGGAAAACAUUUGAGGAGAAAGGCCUCUCGUCCGGCGACGGCAAAGCGUUCAAGCCCCACCUUACCUUCAUGAAACUGUCCAAAGCUCCUAAGCUACGCAGUCAGGUGAGCCUCAUCACUCCUCAUCACUCCUGCUGGAAUGGCAUGCAUAGAGAACAACACAGACUCAGACAGACUGAAACAACAGGCUGAGUCAUUCACAGCUAGGUGUACAUUUGUAUUCUGGCUCGUAUUAAUCUUGAUUGACUUAAAUCAACUGAAAUGAAUGUUAAUGGCUGUCUGGAGUCUUCGAUACAAGACCAAAGGCCUUACGAUAAUGUAAUUGCUUAUAAUAAUGUGUAUUAUCAUGAAAUAACAGUCUCUGCAUGAUCAUUCAGUGACUUGGGAAUGAAAAUCAGUAGUUGUGGAGCGUAUAAAGGAUUAUACCCUAUAAAAAUACAGUGAUACAAAAUGAGUAAAAGUUAGUCCUGUGAUACUGGAGCUUUUAAAUGGCUUUAGUCUACGUCACUGUCCCGUGGAAGGAAGCAGGCCCUUUGAUAAAAUUGUAAACAAUGAUGUUCACUUUGAGAGAAUGUAGAUUUGUAACAGCGGUCCACUCUGUGUGACAUGUUUACCAUCGUGGCUAAGUGACUGAUGGUUAUGGUUACCAUCGUGGCUAAGUGACUGAUGGUUAUGGCAGCAGAUAGAUAUUAAUAGAUGGUCUGGUCUGGCAGGAGGGAUGAGGAUUUGACCUGGGGGUUGGAGUGAAAAAUGGGAGCUGCCAGCUUAAUCUGUUUGUUGGUGGUGGAUGACACAUUUCCUGCGUGUUCCUCCUAUGUGUGCACGUGUUACUGUGUGGGGUCAGGGUGGAUGGGUGUGUUCAAGAACAUCCAUAUCUGGUCAGACGUGACAGCGAGCACAUCCCCAUGUCUCUGUGUGUCUGCCUGUGUUGUCUCCCAGGGUGUGAAGAAGCUGGACCCUGAGCUGUACUCUGACUACGCUCAGCAUCAUUUUGGAGACGAGAGGGUGAUCAGGCUGGACCUCUGCUCAAUGUUGAAGAAAAAGAUGCCAGAUGGAUACUACCACCAAGAGGCCUCCGUUACAUUC